CCUUCACCUUCAUUAGAGAUAGCUGUGCGAAAUAAACAAAUAAUUGUGGUUUAAUAACUAACUUCUGCUCGUUUGUGUGCGCAUGUUACAAUCAACGCUUGUUUUGAAGGUUAAGUCACGUGGAUUGACAAAUUGAAUUCGAUCGUAGCAAUUUGCAAUCGUUUACCAAUUUGAUUGAUUGUUAUCUUAUGGUGUCGAACUAUCGAACCAACAUUAUUUGACAAACGUAUCACGGCCCACGGAACCCCUAGGCUCGGCCCUCCUACUGCCGAACAUUAUCGACACACCUCAACGGGGUAGUAGGUUCGCUUAUCCAACGCUUAUCAUUUUAUCAUCAAAAAGUCACCCAUUUAUUGCCCUGAGCAACGGUCAUCGGCAGUCGGGGAAUGGUGGUGUAUGCAAGAUUACGUCGCCAACGACCGGUGCUGCCAGUCAGCGGCAAGAUGUCGUUCGUGUCGGUAUUGCGGUGGGCAGUGGUUGCCGUCGUGCUGUGUCUCGCUGCAGCUUCCAAUGCGCUUACGGUGCAAAUUCAGGGUCUCGGACAGGUGACCGGAUCCGAAACGGUUACGGCACGUUCCGAGCAACGGGUGUACCAGUUUCUAAACAUUCCGUACGCAGAGAGCCCCGCCGGUACGAGACGCUUCAGGGCACCGGUACCGAUUGCAGCGUGGAACGGGAUUAAGGAUGUGUCGCAGCCUGGACGACCCUGUCCACAACCCGGCAUCACCGAUCAGCUCAGCCAAGGCGAUAUUACACCAGCGAUCGAAGACUGUCUCUCGCUAUCGGUGUACACGAAGAAUGUAACAGCGAAACACCCCGUCAUGGUGUACAUUCACGGUGGAUCAUUUUAUCUUGGUCGUGCCGCCGACCAUCCUCCAAAUUAUCUGCUCGAACGUGAUGUUACGCUGGUGGCCGUACAGUAUAGGCUCGGUGCGCUUGGAUUUCUCUCGACGAUGAGUUCCACCAUACCGGGCAAUGCCGCCAUGCUGGAUAUCGUUAUGGCGCUCAGGUGGGUACAGGACCACAUCGGGGAUUUUGGCGGUGAUCCACAGCGUGUUACCAUCUUCGGACAGUCGGCUGGAGCGGCAGCUGCUAGCGCCCUGCUGUACAGCCCACUAGUACCGGCCUCCUACUUCUCGCAAGUGAUCCUACAAUCUGGUGGCUCUACCAGUGCCUGGUCCAUUGAUCCCAAUCCGAUCGAGAACGCGAAAGAAAUUGCCAAAUAUGCUGGAUGUGAUAUAGUGCGACCGAUAGAGGAUGUGGAGAGAUGUUUGCAAGAAGUGCCAGUACUGAGCUUGCUUAAAGCUCUCGACAUGCAUUCGCAAGAUCGUAUGGUGAAUCAGGGCGUGUACAACAUUGGUGGCUGUGGGAUGGUUAUUGGUGGACCAUCCGGCUUCCUUACUGCGGAUCCUAUCCAUGUGAUGCGUUCGGGACAGGUACGCAAAGAUGUGCGCUUGAUGGCCGGAGCAACAAAGCACGAUGGAUCAUUCAUGCUGACCGGCUUGUACGAUAUGUUGGCAGCGAUGGAUCUGAUCAACAACACCCAGUUCAACCAGUACGAUCUAAUCGAUACAGCAAACCGUGUGUUUGGCAUCGACGAGCACAGUGGGGCAUUGGCCGGAUACGAAAUUGAAACCCUGUUCGCCGAACAGGACAUCAAGAGUGGCAACUUUUCGCAUCUUAUGGAGGGUUUGAUCGACAUCGCUGGUGCAAUCGUCAUUAAAGCACCCGUCCUGCGAGAUGUACAAAACAAUGCGAGACACAGCGAGAAGGAGACAUACCUUUACUCGUUCGACUACCAGGGUGAACACACUCGCUUCGGAUAUGGGGCCAAUACUUCGCACUAUCCGUUCAAAGGUGGUGCUCACCAUUCCGAUGAUAAUAUGUAUCUGUUCCCUUACCCAGCGCAUGUUACCGAGCUCAAUGCCGCUGACACGUUGAUGUCCGAGAUUAUGGUUGAUCUUUGGACUUCUUUCGCGAUUGACGGCGUACCAAAGUCGGCAAGAGGCGUACCAGCAUGGCCCAAAGUUAAUGGUCCUACUGGUCCAUAUCUGCACAUCAACGAUCCGUUUUCUAUCGGAACCAACUUUUACGACGAGUAUGCAGUCAGUGCUCAUGAUCGAUCAGCAGCGCACACCGUUCAAAAAAUGUCAUCUCCGUUCAUGGUAGCAUUUGCGAUAGCAGCUCUAACCCUAGUUUCACUCAAUCGUUUGCAAUGAGAAUAUCAAUCAAGACCUUCUAUUGCUGGUCAUGUUUGGUUAAAUAUUAUAAACACUGUUCCACUUCAACAGGCAUGUUUCAAAAGGUGACAUCUGUAUGUGUGCAUCCUUUUUACAGCAAAUUAUUCACGCAUUUAUUCGUGUAUCAGCAUAUUGCAUAGACAAAUUACAUAAAAACAGUAAUACCAACUGAUUGUAAUAAACGCAACAAAUACGAAAUAAAUAUUAUAUCUCAAUCAAACCAGUA